GUGUUGCUUACAUCAAUCAGAUCAGGAACAGUGAAUAUGAUUCAGAAGCCAUCAAAUGUCAAAAUAAUAGUAUUAGAAAAUUCACUGUCAGUUCAAGAACAAAAAUACGAGCUAAAGCACAAGAAGAAUUCGACUAAUCAUAAAAUUCUAGCAAUUAUCAAAGAAGGUGUGAAUAGUUAGCACUAUUGAAAAUGACUGUAGAAAAUGGAAGCAAUAUAACAUCGACCUUACAAGUCGUGCAAAGCACUGAAAAUCAAGGAAGGCCCGAAAAUGAAGACAUUUUAUACACACCGCCAAACGAAGUAACAGCUCUUGUCGGCUUAAGUAUUGAGGUUACUUCUAACGGCGAUGAUAUCGAUACGAACAGAAGAAGAAAAGAAAAAGAAGCCGAGGCAAAUGCUGAUGAUGUCUUAUACGGAGUUAACGAUAACCCACCCAUUGGGUUGACCUUUGUUAUGGGAAUUCAGCACGUUCUUCUCUCCAUCGAUGGUGUCAUUGGUAUUCCGUUGAUGUUAUUUGGAGUUUUGUGUUUUGAUGACAGUCCAGAAACCGAAAUAUCGAAAACAAAAAUAAUAGGAGCAUUCUUUUUCUUGGCGGGAGUCGUGUCGUUUGUUCAAACGACAUUUGGUGUAAGAUUGCCAACAGCUCAAAUUAUCUCAUUAUCUUAUUUUGUUUCUCUCACUGCGUUGAUGAGAGGUGAGAAAUGGAAAUGUCCUUCACGUAUUAAAAACCUUACUGAUAUCAAUUUUACUUGGUCAUCAAACGUCUCUUACCUGUAUCAAGAUAUUGACGGUGAAUUUCUCGGAAGCGAUGAAGUUUGGCAGAUAAGAAUAAGAGAGGCACAAGGAGCGAUUAUUAUUGUCGGCAUUGCUCAAAUUUUCAUCGGGGCUUCGGGAGCGAUUGGAGUCGCCAUGCGAUUUAUUGGACCAUUGACUAUUGGAUCGUGCCUUUUUCUUGUGUCGUUUUCCCUUGCUGAUGUGGCUGUCAAAUUCUGUAGCAUUUAUUGGGGAAUUCCGAUGUGCUAUAUAUUGAUCGUUAUCGUAUUCCAAUACUUGUCCAAAGUCAAUGUGCCGUUGCCUAUCUGCAGCACAAGAAAGAAGAAAUGUUCAUCAACAAAGAAACCUUUGUUUGCGAUGUUUCCGUUUCUGAUUGCUCUACUUUCCGGAUGGCUUUUGAGUUACAUUCUCACAAUAACCAAUGUUUUACCGCAAGAUAAAUCAAUGAAAUCCUUCAGAGCGAGAACAGAUAUAUCUCCUAAUGUUAUUUCUAACAGCCCAUGGUUCUCUUUUCCCUACCCUUUUCAGUGGGGAUGGCCGACUUUCAGCAUUUCAACUGUUCUGAUUUUCAUAGCCGCUCUUGUUGUUGGGAUUGUCGACUCUUUGUGCGAUUAUUAUGCUGGUGCGAAAAUCGUUAAGAGUCCGGUUAUUCCAAAGCAUGCCAUCAACAGGGGAAUUAUGGUUGAAGGGUUUGGGAUUCUUGCACAUGGACUAGUAGGAACUGGAAACGCUACAACCACAUUUGCUUCAAAUUUGAUCGGACUUGGAGUGACCAGAAUUCACAGUAGAAGGGCACUUCAAGCAAUGGGAAUCAUAUUCGCAGUAUUCGGACUGAUCACAAAGUUUUGCAGCGUUUUUGUUACUUUGCCGCUUCCUGUGGUCGGAGGUCAACUAUGUAUUGUGGCAGGAUUUUUAUUUAGUGUUGGUGCGGGUACUGCUGCUUAUGCUGAUUUAUCGAAUACAAGAAACAUGUUCGUUCUGGGGUUCAGUGUAUUCAUAGGUAUUGCUUUUGAAAUGUAUCUAAAACAAUAUCCACAAGGCAUUGACGUUGGAAUUACUGAACUGAACGAAAUAUUUCGUGCAAUACUAGGAACUGGAAUGCUCGUUUCUUCUAUCGUCGCCUGUAUUUUGGAUAACACAAUGCCUGGAUCAACAGAAAGUCGUGGGCUCUUAAGAUGGCAACACGGUGAUAUGACGGAAAACGAAAAAGAAGCAAACGAUUCUGUAUAUGAUCUUCCGUUUAAAACUGACUGUGGUUGGACAAGAUUCAUUCCAUUUUGUCCCAACUUUGGGAAAAAACAAACGGAAAAAGAAGAUGAAGAGAACUCCAGACUUUAAACCCACCAAGACCAACACCGGAGAUACAGUUCUACUAAAUGCGCAUUCUCACCAAAUUGCGCAAUUGCAUUUGACAAUUUUCAUGCCGUCUGUUCCAAGGCGAUGAUAUGUUGGAGGACGAAGCGCUGGUUUACGCCUUGUAUGGUGCAUAAAAGUUCUUAGCGUGAAGGGAAUUAAAAAAGGGAGGGAUACUCUGUAUAUCAUAGGAUAGGACAUAAGCAGUACCGAGUAUUAUACAGAAAACUUGCACCCGCUAGAAAUGAUAACCUUCAAAAAGUCCAAAUCAAUGUUUUUUUCAAAUAGAGGUUCCGCCAAUACAGUGGAGGGUUCUGCAACUGCAAGUUUUCUUUCAAACUCAGGAGUCUAUAAAUAUAAUAGUGUUUAAAUAUAAUAAAAUCCCUAUUAGGUUUGUCACUAUUAUCAAACUUUUUACACUUUAAAGGUCCUUUUGUUUCGUCAUUAGGAAUAUAUUAUAUAGUUUAUAUAAUUCAGACAACAGAAUACAAUCAAACUAUUGCAAGA